CAGGCUAAAAAGGUAUCUUGGGAAAAAGAUGGAGGCUUUCUUAUUUUGAGAUUAUGAUGUCAACUUUUCGAACUUUUCUUAUCUUUCUUUGACCAUCAGGACCAUUUUUGUAUUUAUUCACUUACAAGGAUUAUAAAUAUUACCAGUGUCUUCCGUUUGUAUACCUUAACAUCUCAAGGAUAAUGUGGUAAUUUCAUCUGUCGGUGAGUAAAUCUAAGGUGUAUGUGUGCGAGUGUUAUUUACAUCAAAUAACUACUUUACAUACACGAAUUCGUAAUGAAUAUGAAACGAAACCUCUGGAAUUUUCUUUUAGUCUUGUUAUUGCAACUGGAAACGUCAAGUAGUCACGAAUUUCGUAUAGCCUGGAUGGCUCCUACUAAGGAAUAUCAUGGAUUUAGUGCCGCUACCAGUGUGGGGGGACUCAAGAUCGCCCUGUACGCAAUGGAGAACGAGAAUGCUCCUCUGACCAAUCACACUGUCAAGGUGCAGCACUUUGACUCCGACUGUAAUUCAAAAUCAGCCUUAGCGGCGGCUGUUGACGCAAAGGAGAGUUUCGAGCCUGACCUUUUCCUUGGACCUCCUUGCUCCGCAGCUAUGAAAGGCGUUGCACAGUUAGCAUCUCACUGGAACAUCCCUGUGUUCGGCUGGGUAUCUAACGACGUUGAGUUCCAGAACAGGACGACCUACUCCACACUUAUCCGACUUCUGGGGCCGCUCAAUAGGUUACCCAUCACUAUGAAGUACGUUUCCACCGUGUUUAAAUGGAAACGCUUUGCCAUGAUACACGACGACCGCGACCCCUACAAGGCUGUGGCCGAGGCCAUCAAACUAAGUGACAGCAAUUACUUCAUCAACAGUACUCAUGCUGUCAACCCGAAUAUGGAAGACGCUCAAGUCGCAAAGAUAUUCAACCAGGUUAGGAAAUACGCCAGAAUUAUUAUUUUUGCUGUACCCUGGAUGGAGAUGAGAAAGUACAUGUUGGUGGCUCAUCAACUGGGUAUGAUACAAGGAGAUUUCGCGUUUCUUUGCAUACACGGAGACCUGUUCACAUGGGAUGUCAAUGAAAGGGACAUAACCUCAGACCGAGGCUGGAAAAGAAACGACACACACGACGAAGAUGCACGAGAAGCCUUCGAGUGCGUUAUCCACAUAAGCAUGGACACUCUGCCUCCAGCGCGGGCUAAGGAGUUCCAGCAGUUUGCGUCGCAGUAUGCCCAUCAGCAAAGCACGAACUGGAUCAACCUGCCGAAUGGUACCACGCCGGACGCCUACUCUCCCUACUUAUAUGAUGCGACAUUGGCCUGGGCAAUAAUGGUUGACAAAACCUUGUCUCAGAAUGAGGUUCCUAACGGCAAUAAUCUCUUCAAAGAAUCGGUGGACUUCUUUGCAGAUGGAGUGACCGGGUAUAUCGUGCUGGACUCUAUUGGAGACCGCUACCUAAACUUCCGUAUGAUGGACAUGCAGGAGGAUGGAAUAUUCAAAACAGUCAUAGAUCUCCAGUACAACAUGACAAGCUUCGUUGCAAGAACCGCUGUUGAGGACCCGGACCUCGUGAGAUGGGGAGGAGGAAAGAAGGGGAUCAAAAACGCUCCUCCUGAUGUUCCUGCAUGUGGAUUUGACGGCGAGAAGUGCGCUAAACCCGAAAAAGAUAAUAAAGCCACUGUAAUAGGAGUUGUGACCGUUUCGUUAUUCGUGUUGAUUGUGAUCAUCAUAUUUAACAUCGUACGAAGACGGUAUCGACGACAAAAAUUGUUGAAGAGUAUGUUGUGGCAAAUUCGAUUCGAAGAAAUAGACUUCGUAACAGCACUUCUGAACGUCAGUGUUCGCGCAAGUUUUAAAACGCAGGGUAUGCGUCGUACAAAUACGAAGAAGAACCUCAUUAAGACCAAAUCGCUGGAGAGGAACAAUUUGGCCUAUAAAGGUUCUCCCGACCAGUCCCCACUAAACUACCAUAAACCAGACCAUGGCGCCACUAUGUUUGGGUCUGUAGCCUACAUCAGAGGUAGCUUAGUGUCGGUAAAGAGAAUGUCCCGCAACAGUGUUAACGUAACCAAGGAUGUUCUGCAAGAGCUCAAUCACCUGAUGGAGCUGAAGCAUCAGAAUGUGUGUGCUUUUGUGGGCGCAUGUGUGGAUCCUGGACGGAUUCUUUUACUGUGGGAGUAUUGUCCAAAAGGAAGUUUGCAGGACGUGAUAUGGAACCAGAACAUCAAGUUAGAUAGGAUGUUUAUGUUUGCUUUGACGCAGGAUAUUGCAAAGGGCCUUGAUUUCAUACACAAGUGUUCCAUACAUUACCAUGGUAACCUGAAGAGUUCCAACUGUGUAGUUGAUAGUCGGUGGACGUGUAAACUGACCGACUUUGGCGUGCCUACUAUUAGACUAAUGGACAAGUGUUCAGUCAGUGUCACAGACGAGGGAAGUAAUUCAAAAUUCCUUUGGACCUGUCCAGAGGUUUUGAGGUCAGAUAAAAACUAUGACAAACAGAAGGCAGACAUAUAUUCCCUUGGAAUAAUUAUCAAGGAGGUAUUCACCAGGUCGGGGCCUUACACGGAAUAUCCAUUCCUUACUCCACAUGAGAUAGUUAACAGAGUCAGAGACCGUGUUUCCCGGACAGCACAUUUCCGGCCUAUGAUUUGUGCGGAGCUCCGGGAAAGCCCGGAUUUGCAGUCCCUUAUAGAAGAGUGCUGGAAUGAGGAUCCACUGAUCAGACCUUCUGCUGCCAGAACCAUGAAAGCACUCAACCGUAUCAAUCCAUCCAAAAACAUGACUAUGAUUGACAACAUGAUCGCUAUUCUGGAAAAGUACGCUAAUCACCUUGAGGAAUUAGUGGCCGCAAGAACCAGUGAGCUGGACGCGGAGAAACAGAAGACAGAGAACCUUCUCUACAGGAUGUUGCCACAGUCAGUAGCUGAGGACCUUAAAAUGGGCAAAACAGUAAAAGCACAACAUUUUGAUGAGGCAACAAUUUAUUUUUCCGAUAUAGUUGGGUUUACAACGAUCUGUGCCAGUAGCACUCCUAUAGAGGUUGUGAAUCUACUGAACAGUCUGUACACGCUGUUUGAUGACAUCAUUACUCGAUAUGAUGUGUAUAAGGUGGAGACAAUCGGAGAUGCAUAUAUGUUGGCUAGCGGUCUACCAAAUAAGAACGGCGCCCGACAUAUCAGGGAGAUAGCCGAUUGUGCCCUGGACAUUCUGGCCUCAAUUACAACGUUCAGCAUACCUCAUCUAGAGGACAAAAAUCUCAGGAUACGAGUCGGUAUCCACUCUGGACCGGUAGUGGCGGGAGUGGUGGGACUGGCCAUGCCCCGGUACUGUUUGUUUGGCGACACCGUUAAUGUUGCCUCCCGCAUGGAGUCAACCGGAUUACCAUUGAAGAUACACCUUAGUACAAUAUCAAAGGAAAAUUUGGAGAAGUUCCCUGGCUACCAUUUGCAUUGUCGGGGCGAAAUAAGUGUGAAAGGCAAAGGCAUAAUGAAGACGUAUUUCCUAGAGGGGCGAGAAGGGUUUGACAGGCCCCUGCCCGAUGUGUGUGACGAUCUGUCUGCUUCACCUACAAGUAUACCUUCCACACCAGCAACGCCCAUGUCUCCGCAGCCAAAUCCGGAUCUUGAUAUGAAGCAAACAACCGAUGCAUGUCUACCAAUAAAAGAUUUCGUAACAAAAAUGUUGUCUGGCCCCAAAGGGGAAGGAGUAGUAUCGCCUGAUGAGUUCAUAGCAAAUAUGCACUCUGAUAUUGACAAUGAUGUCGUUUCACCAGAAAUGAUUGUGACAAAAAUGUUGUCAGAUCUUGAUAAACACUUGAUAUCUGCAGAGGAGUUCAUGACAAAUGUGUUGUCGACGUCAGAACGGACUAAUGUCUCUCAUGAGGGUGAAGACUAUAAGUACACAGGAAUCAGUGACAAAGACGAAUUGUGCAAACAUUCAGAGCCUGUUAAGAACUUCAUCACUCAAACAACCCCAGAUCCUGACAAAGACCGUGUGUCACAAGUGUCGUCCAAUGAGGAGUACGACUCAUUAAACACUACGUACUCUGUUGAUAACCCCUAUAUCACACGUGACUUUCUCAGACACAUGCUCGACGAUCACAGAGAUGAAGUUAAAAGAGAAACAAAGACAGUUGAGGAAAGCACGGCUUUAUGACGUCGUAUUUGUAGCUUAUUGUUGUAUUUGUUGUAAUUCGCGUUGAACUAUUUCAUGUUCUCGGACAUCAUAUAUUGAAUUGAAGAAAUCAUUGUCAUUCAAAUUUAUGAAUGUAUUGUUUCUGAAAGGUUAUUACUUUUUCAUUGCCAACCAAUUUGUUUAGAAAUGGAAUGGAUCAGGAAAAUGCAUUCCUGCUACGUUUAAUGAGUCGGUUUAUUUAUAUAUUAUUAUUUUGCAUCGUGAUGAAAUGACUUAAAUAUUUGUCAAACAUAAUUAUAUGAAGUACAAUCUAAUGCAUUCUCCCCUAUCUUCACCAAGUUAUUUGAGAAAUGUUGCCUUCUAAACAUGAAGAGGAAGGGCUGUUCAUUUAUUAGUGCUUAUUAGUUGACAUUGCCAGCCGUUUUAUGUUUUAAACAAAGUCGGCAUGUUUACAUAAUAACAGCUGCCUUUUGCGGAAACAUAGUAAAAAUCUGGGCAGUGUAAUUACAGAGGGCAGUACUGUAGUCAUGAGCAAAAACUAGUAGAUAUUUCUUGACAAUAGAAACGUGUAGGUAUACAUGCGUUUCUCAUGCUUAAUAAUAAAAUUUGUAGAAACUAUAUUUGCAAGAUUCAUCGAGUCACUGCUCUGUAAAAAACGAUAUUCUUACCCAGAUAGUUUCACUGACAUUCUUGCUUGGUCCCUGGUGACGUUAGUGAUGUGGGAGUUAUUUCCUAUGGUGAACAAGGUGUCGUAUACCUGGCUGAGCCGGUAAGCCCCCUGGACCAGGUGACUCGAUGCAUCUUGCAAAUUUACCUUACAUUCCUGCUAAAUGAACCUUAUCAGUGAUAUGUGUAGAAUCGUUUCAGAUUAUGAUGUGUUUAAUGGAUACAUUUUGACGCUAGUGUUGCGUUUAUAUAUAUAUUAACUACAUGAAUAACAUGUUUAUUACUAACAACACGUCUUAUUGUAAUGCAGCCCUUUCUAUGUGUCUAUAUUUCUCAUGCUGAAAAUGUGCCAAGAAUCCAAUUGACAAGAAAAUGAUUGAUGUUACAAAAUAUCUUUCUUCUGUUAAAGAUUAAGACUUUGUCGCUUUAAUUUAUCGACCGACCACGUAAUAACGUCUGUACGAUUAGAUCGUACCUUUAUGGUUUGUGAUUUUUACAGCAUCAAUAGACACAGGUGUGUUGUAAUAUUCUGUGUUGCUCUAUUCAAGUUAUGCAAUGUUAUCAUGCUGCUGAUUUGUCCGAUCCCCUUAUCACGUGAUUUGUUAAGAAAAGUGUUAUGUUGAUGAGCAAAUGCCAUGCUUUAAUUAAACUAUUUCAUACAUAUAUAUUAAAUGUUUUUUUUA